AUGCCGACCGAACCCACCAGCUCCAUCGUUCGCCUGGCAUGCAGUCCUAACAACUUCCCAUGGGGCAAGACCGGGAAAUCGUCCCUGGUUGCGCAGUUUGCUCCCAAUGCCUGCGAGCCCAACUUCACAAUCAAGGAAUCUGAGACUUAUUCCGAGCUCUGGAUGGGAAGUCACCCUACCAACCCGGCCUCGAUCUAUCCUUCUGGCCCCGUACUGUCCGAACACAUCGCAGCGCAUCCUGAAGCUCUGGGCGACGCGAGCAAAUUCCCAGCACCAUUCACCGGAAAGGGGACUACGGAAGGUGAGGGCGGACAUGUGCCUUUCUUGUUCAAGAUUCUGUGUUGUAAGCAGGCUCUGCCGAUGCAGAUACACCCGAACAAGAAGGUGGCGGAGGACCUACACAGCAAGGAUCCGGAGCAGUUCCCCGACACAAAUCAUAAGCCUGAAAUCGCCGUCUGCCUCUCGGACCGCUUCCUCGGCUUUGCGCACUUCCGUCCCCUCUCCGAGAUCACCUCCCUUUUUCGGGCGAUUCCCGAACUCGAGUCCGUCUCGUCUUACCUCCAAGUCAAGCUUCGGGCAUUCACGACGGGCGGUGUUCAGGCGGGAGCAAGCAGCCUGAAGGACGCGUGGGUCGGCGUGCUCGCCAAGGAGAGCGAGAAGGAGCUGGGGAAGGUGAUGAGCCAGGUGGCGAAGCGGGUGGCGAAGGAAGGAGUUGGGGCUUGGAGUUCGCUGGAUAGCGAGGGAGAGGUGUGGACGGAGAAGGUGCGGAGCAAUUUGACCGAGGCAGUGGGGAUCCUGGAGGAGUAUAACCCGGGGGACCCGUCCAGUCUUGCGGCGCUGCUGUUCAUGAACCUCGUUGAGCUGAAGAAGGGAGAAGGCAUGUAUGUAGGCGCGGAUGGGCUUCAUGCUUGGCUCCAGGGAGAUAUCGUCGAGCUGAUGGCUCUCUCCGACAAUGUCCUCAACGUCGGCUUUACCUCCCGCUCGGAGAUCGACGAGCACCUCCCCAUCGUACAAGAAAGUAUAACCUUCCAAUCUGUCGACCCAUCCUCCAUCGCCCUCUCGCGCACACCCUUUGUCAAGGGACUCAAACGAAAUACCACCGUCUACUCGGUCCCAUUCGAGGAGUUUAGCAUUCUCCAUACUGUGGGCGAGGAGGAGAUGGAGGCGUUCACGGGCCCCGCGAUCGGGAUCGUGACGAGCCAAGAGGCAGUUACGGUGGGUGCAAAGGGGGAGGAAGGGGUACGAUAUGAGAGGGGAAGCGUGUUCUUCGUUCCUGCCCAUACGGGAUUUAGGACGGACGGGAAUGGGGAGGUAUGGAUGGCGUUUUACGAUGGGGAUGACAAGACGAAGGAUCAGGUCGGGUCGCAGUAG